AUGUUCUCCUCGGCCCUCCCCCGCCUUGCUUCGCGGGCCUCGGCUCAGGCUCCCAAGGCCUUUGGCAAGGCUCGCUUCAGCUCGACCUCGGCCAAGACUGCCCAGGGCGUCUGGGGCUCGCGUGCCGCCGUUGCCGGUGCUUCAGCUGUCGCUGCCGGUACCACCGCCUGGUACAUGCACCUUUACGGCGCUCCCUUCUCGCUCCUCCAGACCGCCGAGGCCAACACUGCUGCCGAGGUCGGUCUCCACCCCGCCGAGUACCCCUGGCCCCACAAGGGCUACUUUGAGACCUUUGACCACGCCGCCAUCCGCCGUGGUUACCAGGUCUACCGCGAGGUCUGUGCCGCCUGCCACUCGCUCGACCGCAUUGCCUGGCGUAACCUCGUCGGUGUUUCGCACACCGUCGACGAGGUCAAGGCCAUGGCUGAGGAGUUCGAGUACAAGGACGGCCCCAACGACGAGGGUGAGAUGUUCGACCGCCCAGGAAAGCUCGCCGACUACAUGCCCGCUCCCUACCCCAACGAGGAGGCCGCCCGUUCCGCCAACGCUGGUGGUUACCCCCCUGACCUCUCCCUCAUGAUCAAGGCUCGUCACGGUGGCGCCGACUACGUCUACUCGCUCCUCACCGGUUACGUCGAGCCUCCCGCUGGUGUUGUUGUCGCCGAGGGCAUGAAUUACAACCCUUAUUUCCCUGGCGGCGGUAUCGCCAUGGCUCGCACUCUCUUCGACGGUCUCGUCGAGUACGACGACGAGACUCCUGCCACCACCUCGCAGAUGGCCAAGGACGUCGUCCAGUUCCUUGCCUGGGCCGCCGAGCCCGAGCACGACGAGCGCAAGAAGAUGGGUCUCCAGGCCGUCAUUAUCAUCUCUUCGCUCACCGCGAUCUCGCUUUACGUAAAGCGUUUUAAGUGGACUGGCAUUAAGAACCGCAAGAUCUACUACAACCCCCCCAACCUCAAGCACUAG